UAUAUAUAUAUAUAUAUAUAUACGCGAGCAACGCACCAUGCGAGUCCCGAUAUAUCCAGCAGACCACCCGAGACCCACCAUAACCAAAGUGUAUAAUUAGAUUUUUAUUAUAGAAAAAUAAAGAAUAUAAUAUGAACUUUUAUGGGCCCCAGAGAGGGGUAAGAAAAAUCUUUUAGUUUAAAAAAUCUAUACGGAGCAUACCGUGCGAGUCCCACUUACAAGUCAAGAGGACAUGCGAGUCCCGCCAGUUAUACAUGGCACACUCAGCAAACAAUAUGAGACCCAGCGAUGUUGCCACAACGCUGGGUCUCGUAUUGUUUGCCGAAUAUUUUAGGUACUUCCCCGGUUUGUAUAUUUCACCUCGAAUUUAACAGUUUUGUUUCAGCGGUUAUUUUAAUUCUUGUGAAUAGUAAGGGCGGACGUAAAAUAGUGAUUUUAGGCGCAAGGAUAAAUAUUAGGUACCUAUGGAAAAUAGAUCAAAAAAAAUUUUGGAACUCGCGUUGGACGAAAAUAAUAAAAAAAAAGAUUAUUCAAAUGCAAAUAAGAUGGGGAAAUCUUAUUUUGGGCCGCCUAGCAAAACGAAACAAAAUGCGAAGAAAAAAACUGAGCUUUUAGAGCCCAAUGUAAAGAUCUUAUCGAACGUUAACCUUAAAGAAAAAAUUGAUAACUACUUGCAAACUAUAACAACUCCCUUUUUUUUUGAAUGUCAAGAAAAUAAAAUAGAUGAAUCAACAUUAUCUGAAAGUAAAAAUAACGUAGAGACUCCAUUUAAUAAGUAUGAUAAAGAAAAAAAACAGGACCAUUUAAAACCCAAAGCAAAUAUUUUACUGGAACCAGAUGUUAAACUUAAUGAUAACACUGAUAACGACUCACAACCUUUAAACAAAACCUUGGAUUUAUAUGAAUUUCAAGAAAAUGAUUUAGAGGAAAAAGCAUCAAAAUCGCCUGAGUACGACAAGCUGGAAGAAAAAACUUACACUCCAUUAAAAGCUGUAAAUUUUGAUUGCUAUCCAAUUUUGACCAAAAUUGACACGAAUCUAAAUACUGACCAUAGAGACUAUGAAGACAAUGAAGACUUUAGCGAGUCACGUGACACAUCCUCAUAUGUACCCGAAACGGAAAUAGAGUCUGAGGGAGGGGAAGAGGAAACUAUUAUUCCAAUUUUUAAGACCAUAAACGUAACUUGCCCUGAAUCAACUUUAACAAAGGACGAACCCUCGGAAAAGCCCCAUAUUUCUAACAUCGAAACUAAUAAUUCCAUUGUUGCCCUUUCACAUAGAAAAAACAGAGUUUGGGAUAGAAAGAAUUUCUGUCCAAUUUGUUUCGUAGAAGUGAGUCAUUUUGCAAGACAUUUGGAAAGAAAUCAUGCUGACGAAAGUCGAGUAAAAAAGAUUUUAUCUUUUCCAAAAGGAUCUAAUGAAAGGAAAACCUUAUGGGAUUAUUUACGCAAGGAAGGAAAUUUUCAUUUGUUUAGAGAAGAAAAAAAAGUGGUGGCUGUUCGAAGGCCCACGGAAGCCCAAGCAUUAGACUUUGACGAUUUUGUUGUUUGCGAAAACUGUUCUGGGGUGUACAAAAAAAAUUUUUUCUAUAAGCAUGCUAAAAAAUGCCAAGAAAAACACACUGGUACAAAGUGUGGGCGACUAAAUGCCUUAACUCAAUCCCAAACAUUUUUAGCGGCUUCUCGCUGCCAAAACAGUUUUUUAUCACAGUCAAGAUUAAAGAAAGAGGUAUUUUGCAUUAUGAAAGCAGAUAAAAUAAGCGCCACCGCAAAAAAUGAUAUUUUAAUAUGUUUAUUCGGGGAAACCCAUCUUAAAAAACAUAAAAGAAAGCAAAUUGUAACAGUAACGUCCAACAAAAUGAGAGAAUUAGCAAGACUUUUGAUUGCUCUUAGAGAGUUCACACCUGUUCAGAACCUAAUUGAUGCUAUGAAACCAGAAUUAUUUGACGAUUUAGUUACGGCCACAAAAGUAAUUUCGGGAUUUAGUAAUGCCGAUAAAAGCUUUAAAUCUUCAUCAUUAGCACUUCAUAUGGGUACCACUUUAAAACAAGUGUGCGAUAUAAUUAAUCGAAUGAUUUUAAAAAAAAUCCCCAUUAUUUACCUUUAAAAACCCUAAUGAGGAAAAAAAAGCAUUCGAGAUUUAAAAACAUUAUUAGAGACCAGUUGGGCCAAUGAAAUUUCUUCAUUAGCCCUUAAAAC